CCGUCUCAGAAAUGUCAGUGUAAUAAGUAGAUGUAAGUACGAGUGUACGAUUGUUUUGCAAUUUUUGCAAAACAUCUGAAAUAACAAGUGUAUAGUGUAUUUAUUUGUGUCUUUUUCAAAAUUUGAUUGAAUUCUCUAUAGUAAUAGGUUCUAAACAAAAAAACGCAACUCAACAUGCAGCAGGAUAACAUUCUAGCUACAUUUAAGAUUCUAAUAAUAGGAGAAAGCGGAGUUGGGAAAUCCAGCUUAAUGUUACGAUUUACUGAAGAUGACUUCGACAAGGACCAGGCAUUAACGAUCGGUGUAGAUUUCAAAACCAAAAUAGUCGAAGUAGAUAAUUUGAAGGUAAAACUUGCUAUCUGGGAUACUGCCGGCCAGGAAAGGUUCCGAACGCUAACACCAAGUUAUUACAGAGACGCUCAGGGAGCUAUACUUGUAUAUGACGUCACGAAGAAAGACACAUUCCAAAAGUUGGAAUCGUGGCUGAACGAGCUAGAAAUCUAUGGUACCAGGAAUAACAUGGCUAAAAUGAUAGUGGGAAAUAAAAUAGACUCUCCUGAACGAGCAGUCGGCAGAGACGAUGGAUUUCGCUUCGCGAAACGGCAUAGAACAAUGUUCAUCGAAACUUCGGCUAAAACCAAUGAAGGCGUGCGGGAUGCAUUCCAGGAAGUAGUUAGAAAGAUUAUCGAGACCGACGGACUAUGGGAACGCAAUGAGUAUGGCGAUGCUCUGGAUCUUCAGUCUAAUCGAGGCGGAACGACAGGGCCUUGCUCGUGUUAGUGAAAGAAGCGAAGCUUCCGGCAACUAUUACAGAUUAGCCAUAUUUAUUAGGUGUAAACUACUAGUUUCGUGUGCUACGGUUCUAACUAACAUGAGAAAUCUGAAAUCCUCCAGGCAUAGGUAGGUCUAGGUGUGAACCAAGCAAACAUUUUUUUUAAUUACAAAACAUUUUAAUUUAAUACUUGUGAAUUAUUUUAAAUUAUUAUUAUUAGUAUAAUUAUUUUCAACCCAAAUAUAAAACAAAAAAUUAUGGUGAAAAGUCAGAUUAAUGAUGUAUAUGAAAACUUAGCUAGUGUGUUACUGGAUGAAGUAUAUAACUUUGCAACGUAUAUCAUAAAGAUAUUAUUUUAGUAAAAAUAAAAGUACUAUCAUUUGGAUCUUUGAA